GAGCAGAUCGCGGCGAAGGCCAAGGCGGAGGUGGACGGGGCGGCCAAGGCCCGCGAGUUCGCGGACGCGGCGCGGCAGAAGGCCGCCGAACGGGCCGCGAAGCUGCGGGCCGAGAAGGAGGCCAAGGAGGCCGAGGAGCGCGCCAGGGCGGAGGCCGAGCGGGCCAGGGUGGAGGCCGAGCGGGCGCGUCUGGAGGCCGAAGAGCGGGCCAGGGUGGAGGCAGAGGAGCGGGUGAGGCGGGCCGCUGAGGAGCAGGCCCGGGCGGAGGCCGAGGCGGCGGCCAAGGCGGAGGCGGAGGAGCGGGCUCAGCGGGAGGCCGCGGCGGCUGCCGAGGCGGCGGCCGAGGCCGAGAGGGCCGAGAUGCUGGCGUUCGUGAAGGGGUACAACGCCGAGCUGGCCAGCCAGUUCGAGGAGCUCUGCCGCGAGCAGGAGGAGAUGCACAGCCAGAUCAAGGCGGAAGAGAAGGAGAAGGCGGACAUCCAGAAGGCCAUCGAGGCCCUCUCUGUCCGGGUUGCUGAGAUCGACCAGGGCCUGGCCCUGAAGAGGCAGGCGUGCGAGGAGUGCGAUAAGACCAUCGAGGAGACGGAGGCCGCGUACAAGGCGCACGCACAAAAGGUCGGCCGCCUGGACCUCCCGCUGAACAAGCUCCGGCGCCAGCGCUCCAACGAAAAGCCUAUAGCACUCGAGACAAGUCCUUACGUGCUCUCUUAA